AUGCAAGACGAGGACAUUGACAUUGAAGAAGAUGCAGAAGAGCAACCUAGUAAAAGGAUCAAAACCGAAGCAGGCGAUGGCAGCACUAGUCAUCGUCGACAUCAAGCAAGACAGGAAACUCUAUUAAACAUUAACCCUCAAGCACCAAACAUGACUGGAUCUGCUGCGGGUGCUAAUGAUGAUGGAGGAGGAGAAGAAGGUGCAAGUGCAUCAUCUUCGGCUACGAAUACUCCUGGUGGAUCGCCCAAGCGCGUUAGGAAACCGAAACAAAUCUUUGAGAUUGACACAAUCCAUACCAAACCGCAAAAGAGGAGGAAAUCAGCAGGUUCUAGUCCAAAGAUCCAGACAAAAGGAUCCAGAGAAGAAGGAGGAGGAGGAGAAGAAGAUGCAUCCUACCAUAUCUCGACUCCCGUCAAAUUGGAACGGAACGAUGCAACACCAUCAUCACGUAAAUCAAACAAAUCGAGUAAAUCAUCGCCAGCUGCAACCCCUCUCGAGAAGUUCAACAAGCGACGUGGAGGCAAUCAGCCAAAGCCUCGUGGUCGACCACCGUUAUCUAGUGUAAAAUCAGCUAGUAAACUGUCUCUUAUCACUGUACCUGAUGAUUCAGCAGAGGAACAUGAGAGCCAAAAUGACGGGCGUGAUGAAUCACCACCGAUCGAAUAUAGAUUGGAUCGGUCGUCUCCGUCCAAACCGAGUAAAGCUGAGCAGCAACCAUUGCUUCAUCCGCCGUGGUGGGCUGAAGAUUAUGAACGGAUAUUGCAGAGGAGUUUGGCUGAGGAUCCUAGAAAGGAUUAUAUAAUGCAAGAUGAAAAGCCUCAUGCACUGUUGACGCAGUUCGGCUCCUUCAAACGGACAGAGAUUCAGCAUAAGAAGGAUGGUCUAAAGGAGUUUAUUGCAGAUCAUGAUACCCGAGUCAGGGAAUUGCAUCAUUUAGAAGUUUUGAAUGGUGAUAUGCUGACGUUUGAAAAAAAGAAAGCCUUGGAUGAUUCUGAAGGAUUGGAGCAGUAUGAACAUGUCUACGACUUGUGGAAGAAUAUCCCACCACCAGAAGUAGAUAUCAGUAAUCAAAAACCAGCUUCUGCUCAGGCGGACUCGGAUGCAACAUCUUCUCGACCACCUGCAGCACCAAUAUUUUCCAAACAAUUCGCUACCGUUCGUGACUACCUCGACUCGUUCGUAUGGAUUGAUGAAGACGAACUCGUUCCCGAAGUAGCUGAAUUCCGAGCCAAAAGUGAAGGCGACAUGUCACAUAGAAUAUAUCUUGCUCGACAAGAAGGAUUACUACAAGGUCCCAUACCACCUCCACCAACAUCACAUCGUAAGGGAGGUUUGAAAGCUGCCCAAGAGCCUGUACAGAAAAAGACACACAUGCAGUAUCUGGUUGAUGAAAUGAUGUUUAUUGCCAAGGCUGCUCAAGAAGAACGGAAGUGGAAGAUUGCCAUGGCCAAGAAAUUGGCUAGGGCUGUCGUACGCUUCUUCGAUGAUCGUCAUGCUCAUACGCUAAAACUGGAACGUGAUGAGCAGAAACGUAUUAGGAAAUUGGCUAAACUUACUGCAUUGGAAGUCAGAAAGAAGUGGGAUGUUGUUGAAGCGAUUGUCCGAGCUAAAUGGAAGCAAUUGAUUGAUGUUGAAGAAGCCCAUGCUGGUAAAAGACAACUCAACGCUAUCAUUGAGCACUCACAACAAGUCCUUGAUGCCCAACGAAUGUCUGCUCCUCCCGAGAGUGAUGACGAUAAAGAAGAAUCGAAUCCUCGUGACGUUGUUUCUGAUGAUUAUCAAGAAGGAGAAGACUCUGAUGGUGAAGCCGCCAUGGAGGUCGAUGAAGACGGCAAUAGUGAAGAUGGCGAAGUUAAUGAACUAGAUCGAGAAGCUGAUAUGCCUAUAGAAGAACUGUUGGCUCGUCAUGGUGGUUAUCAGGUUGGUUUGAUACCAGACUCUGAUGACGUUGAUGAAGAGGAGGAGGGGGAGGAAGAGGAGGAAGAAGAAAACGACGAGGACGAAGGUAGUGUCGAAGAUGAUAAUGAUCAACAAGACGAAGAAGAAGAUAAUCAACCCGAUAAAGCCGAGAACGGCCGCCAUACAGAAAAACUAGUCUCAAAAUAUGAUAAUGAUACCGCUUCCUCUUCUGCAGAUGAUGCAGACGACGAAGAGGAGAGUGAGGCUGACUUUGAAGAGGAAGAUGAAGAACCAGACGAUGAAGCCACCCUAGAAGCUGACGAGCAAGCUUCAGAUAGUGGUGACGAUGAGCUGAAAGCAUUACAAAAUGAUGCUGAUGCUCCCAUCGAAGACCUUUUAGGCCAAUAUGGUCGUGAUAUGAUGCAAAUCGACAAUCCACCGAAAGCUAAUGGUUCCCGGCCACAAAGUAGUAAAACAGCCAGAGGCAAACGACCUGCUCCCUCUCCCGAUGUCGAAAACUCACCUGCUCGUGACGAGCAAGCAUCCGAUACCGAUAUGAAUGAUGCUGAAAAUAAUGACUCUGAUCAGCAAGUUGGAGAUCAUGAAGAAUCCGUAGCUGAAGAGCAACCUGAUGAUACAGAUGUAGAUAUGAAUAGUGUUCGAGGUGCUGAGGUUGCUGCUCCUACGGGUACUACGCUGUCGAGUACCUUUGUUAGGACGACAAUUCCUUCUCUUUUGAAGGGUACUCUGAGAGAGUAUCAGCAUGUAGGGUUGGAUUGGAUGGCUAAUUUGUAUCGGAAUGGGCUUAAUGGGAUAUUGGCUGAUGAGAUGGGUCUCGGCAAGACUAUUCAAACUAUAUCGCUACUGUCGUGGUUGGCUGUUGACAAGGGUAUCUGGGGUCCACAUCUCAUUAUUGUGCCAACCUCAGUACUUUUAAAUUGGGAAUUUGAAUUCAAAAAGUUUGCUCCUGGCUUCAAGAUCUUGACGUAUUAUGGUAAUCCAAAAGAACGUAAAGAGAAACGUCAAGGGUGGUCAAAACCCAAUGCCUUCCACGUAGUCAUAACCUCAUAUCAACUCGUAUUACAAGACCAUGGCAGUUUUCGAAGAAAGGAAUGGCAAUACCUCAUCUUGGACGAAGCUCAUAAUAUCAAAAACUUUCGAUCGCAGAGAUGGCAGAAUCUAUUAAUGUUUAAUGCACGUCGUCGUCUGCUAUUAACUGGAACACCACUACAAAAUAAUCUAAUGGAAUUAUGGUCUUUGCUGUACUUUUUAAUGCCUAAAGGCAUUACAAGUACGAUGCCAUCUGGAUUUGCCAAUCAAAAGGAAUUCCAGGAAUGGUUUUCCAACCCGAUGGAUAAAAUGAUCGAGACUACUGAUACUAUGAAUGACGAGACGAGAGAAACUGUUGGUAAACUACAUACUGUAUUACGACCAUACUUGCUACGACGUCUCAAAAAGGAUGUAGAGAAGCAGAUGCCUGGUAAAUACGAGCAUGUCUUGUAUUGCCGAUUAUCUACUCGACAACGAUUCCUAUAUGAUGAUUUCCUAUCCAGAGCAGAAACCCGUCAAAAUCUAGCAUCUGGUAAUUAUAUGAGCAUUAUCAAUUGUCUGAUGCAAUUAAGAAAAGUAUGUAAUCAUCCAGACCUAUUUGAAGUACGGCCCAUCCUGACGUCGUUUAUAAUGUCAUCGCAAGUAAUGGAUGUAUUGGAAUUGGAUCAAUUUUUGAUUCAACGACAGUUAUUCAAAAAUCAGGAUGAAGCUGAAGCCAAUAGUAAUAUCAACUUGGAUUUGUUUAAUUUAUCGAAUAUGAUUCGACACGAAUCCAUGUCUGCAUAUGAUGGUGAAAUCUUGAGUGAGCUUGAUUGUCGAGGUGCUUUUGAACAAGCUGUCAAGGCUGCUGAGAUGAAUGAAGCAGGAUUACGGGCUAUAGCUCCACAAACGCCCAAUUUUUGGAAGUUGACUGAAUUAAUCAAGACAGUACAUGCCGAAUCAGCAGCCCAGAUUUUGCAAGAUACGAAACAAUCCGCAUAUGUAAAUAGAUUCCGUAGUACUUCUCGCCCGAUAUAUGGAUGGUCGCUACGUCGUCAAGCUCGAUUAUUAGGUGGACGAGCAAUAGAUAUGGUGAAUCUACCCACCACCACCCAAUCCGAAUUACUAGACUUGCCAGAUGCAUUACGAGAUCUAGUCGCACCGUACUCGCGACGAGCAGAUGAGUUGCAAGAUGUUUUGACCCAUUUCGCAUUUGUUACGCCACCUGUACGGAUUGUGGGACGGGUCAUUGGAUUGUACAAUGAUGAUUCGGUUGAGUUGGUUAAGAGCACUGAGCCUGCUACGUCUCAGUUGGUACAUAAUGUGGCUACGGGGUUGACGAUUGCAUUUCCUGAUAAAAGGCUGCUGCAGUAUGAUUGUGGGAAAUUACAGGCGUUAGAUAGUUUGUUGAGGAAGCUGAAGGCUGGAAGUCAUCGGGCAUUGAUUUUUACGCAGAUGACUAAAAUGCUUGAUGUCCUUGAACAAUUCCUCAAUAUUCAUGGACACCGAUAUUUACGUCUUGAUGGUGCAACCAAAGUAGAGCAGCGACAAGUGCUGAUGGAACGUUUCAAUACGGAUAAAAGGAUCUUGGUCUUUAUUUUGUCAACUCGUAGUGGUGGUCUUGGUAUGAAUUUGACGGGAGCUGAUACUGUUAUAUUUUAUGACAGUGACUGGAAUCCCGCUAUGGACGCUCAAGCACAAGAUCGCGCACAUCGUAUCGGUCAAACUCGUGACGUCCACAUAUACCGUCUAAUCAGUGAACACACCAUUGAAGAAAACAUGCUCAAAAAAGCAAACCAAAAGAGACUCCUCGACAACAUUGUUAUCGCCAAAGGAGACUUCACCACCGACUAUGUCCGUAAAUCCGACUGGCGCGACUGGCUUGGAGACGGUCUAGGCGGUACAUCCAUCGACUCUAUCACAACCAAAGGUGGAACCGUUGACUGGGAACAAGCACUAGCUGCCGCCGAAGACGAGACUGAUCGAGUAGCAUUAAAGCAAGCACAGCAAGAAGAAGAUUUGGAGCAUCGAUUGGAUGUGGAUGAUUUCCAGGAGAAUGCUGCUUUGAAUGCUGCGAAUAAGGAUGGUGGUGGUGGUGGUGAUAAUGGUAGACAUGAGGAGUAUAUAGGGGCGGUUGAAGAGUAUAUGUUUAGAACUGUCGUCAAGUAUUGGAGUUUGCAAGAGUUUAUUGAUUGGAGAGAGUUUGCGGGGACGCCGGCAUAUGUGCUUGAUCCGUUUGAGGAGGGUGCUGCUGAUAAUGUCGAUGAUGGUGGGAACAGUGGUGCUGUCGGUACUGGCAGUGGUGGUAGCAGCACGACUAACAAGAUAAAGUCUGGCAUAGUAAAAGGAGCUGUACCUACCUUCUUAGAAGAGAUUGAUACGAGAAAAGUGGAUCUUGAUGAAGAUGAUGACGAUGAUGAAGAGGAAGAGGAACAACGACGUGAUGAAGACGAGGAAGAGGAUGUUGAAAUGGUUGAUGUACAAGCUGUGUCUACGCCGGGUACGGCUGAAUCAUCUGGUUUGAUGGAUGAUGAAUAG